AAAUAAACAAUUUUUAUUAAAAUUUGAUUAAAUUAAAGCACAUUGCUAUAAAAUGAUUGCAACUGCCCUAACAGGUCGCUUUUAUUAAUCGAUUAUUGACGUUCUUGUUUCAGCUUUAUUUUGGCACACAUAUUCCUCUCUUCGUAAGAAAAUUAGUAGACGCAGCACCGAUGGAAGCAAAGCGUUAGAUAAACAAAAGGGACCUGUAGUUCGCAAAUAUGUUCACGUAUGCCCUGAUUGCGUAAGGGCUUCACAUUGAGGAUAAAACUCUUAAAACAUCGACAACUCGAAUGUGUGAAAGUAAAGGCCAAAGUUUAGCUGAGGGAUUCAUCUGUACAAAUGAUGCGUCCACAGCGUUAUUGUGGCCUUACAAAGUGGAGCAAGAGUACAAUGCUAACGAUGAGCAACAACUACAACGAUUAAGUUUCGUCUAUGAAAAUUGCGAGACUUAUGUUUGUGCGGAUUGCGGCAAAACUUACGUAGCCAAGAGAUCACUUUGGAGGCAUCAAAAGUUCGAGUGUGUGAAUGCGAAACCAAGGCUCAGAUGUGACAUGUGCUCAUACAACACUCCCCACAAGUGGUGUCUGGACAGACAUAGAAGACAAAGAAGGCAUUAGGAAAAUAGAGUUUGUUAUUUGAUGUAAAUGUUGUAAAUUAUUUUUGUAAUCAAAUUAUUUUCUUUGAUAAAAUUCUUUUAUUAUAUUAUAUUAGUCACAGGUAAGAGUAAAGGAUUUAGUGUGAUAUAAUAUAUAUAUAUAGUGUGAUAUAAUACUGCCAGUAAUCGAAACAUCAAUCGAUUUUAUUUGUGAAGUUCUCUGGAAAUGCCCAAGCCGAUGUUUGAUGUUACUUGCUCUUAUUAACCGGUCAAUAUAAAGCUAAAAAAGCACAUAUAACUGAUUAUUAAUAUAAAGAAUUAAAUUUUAUUUAAUUAUUAAUAUUUUUUGUGUAAUUUGUGUGUCUUAAUUUAUUUCUUUUCGUAUCAAAUGUCGAUUUGAAACAGGAAUUUUUACAUGAAAGAAUCUACAUAGUAUUAUAUUAAUUAAUGCAAGGUAAAAAAUUUCAAUUUAC